CUGUAAACAUAGCGCCAUAUGUUGAAGCCAGUGUGUAAAAUUCCCCUCUGAGCAGACACUUUUAGGAGUUUUAACAGCUGCAGGUACAGUGAGAAGACCCAGCGGAGAGUGUUGCUGUGUUUUUGUCCCUCCUGACGGCCCGCAAACCUCGUUUGGUUGACAUUCCCCGUAAAGAACCAUAAACACGUUCACCGCUCGGCGAAACUGCUGCAUUUUGCAUCUUUUCGAAGUGAAAGCCUUGAAUCCUGCCAGUGAAAUGUGAAGAUGUCUUCUUUAGUGGACUAUGAGGAUUCAGAGGAUGAGGGAGAGGAAGCAGCUUCAGCUCCGGUAAAAACUGCAUCAUGUAAACAAGACCAAGGAGAAGUCUCCAGUCAGUCCCAGGUCUUUACUAGCCAGCCAGGCUUCAGGCCGGACCAGACAGCGUCAGGACAGGAUGGAGACCUCCGGACAACAAGCUCCCAUUCCCUCCUGCAGAGCUGUUCUAGCUGUGAAACCACAGGGACAUCAGAAGAUCUGCAUACUGAAAACACUUUGCUCAAGGGACAGGAAGCACCUCUGCCAGCGGCGUUUGCCGUAUCCCACACGUCGACUCGUCCAAAAAGACCCUCAUUUAGUGGUUCUGGUAUCCGGCCGUACAUUCCCAAGAGGCAGAGACUCACAGCUCCAGCAGAGACCGUGGAUCCACAGCACCCGGCAGGCCACGGCAGCAGACGCCCCAGUGUGCUGGAGGUCUCAGACAGACUGAAGCCCUACCUGGGUGAGAAGGCCAGCGCAGCAGGGACACCCGGGAGGCUCAUGCUGAGGCUGGAAGGUCAUCAGGGUCCAGUCAAUACGCUGCAGUGGUGUCCUGUCCCUCAGUUCAGUCACCUGCUCCUGUCUGCCUCCAUGGACAAAACAUUCAAGGUGUGGGAUGGAGCUGAAAGUGGGCGGAGCCUCAGAGUUUACACCUGUCACACAGGGGCAGUGCGUGACGCCUGCUGGACGCCCUGUGGACGCCGUGUCCUCACCGGCUCGUUUGACAGCACGGCUGUGGUCACGGACGUGGAGACAGGCCAGCCAGCAGUGACGGUGGACACGUCCUUCAGGGUGAUGUGUGUAGCCGUUGUCCCCGGCCGUCCCGACGUCUUCCUGUGUGGAGGCUACAGUCCAGCCGUCCAGGCCUGGGACACCCGCUGCUGCAAGGUGGUGAAGGUGUACUCAGCAGGGGUCCAGCAGACGCUGGACCUCCUGUUCCUCAGGGGGGGCUCGGAGUUCGUCAGCAGCUCAGACUGUGUGAGCAGAGACUCUGCGGACCGGACCCUGAUGGUCUGGGACUUCCAGACCGCCGCCAGGCUCUCCAACCAGAUUUUCCAUGAGCGCUACACCUGCCCCAGCCUGGCUCUCCACCCUCUGGAGGACUGUUUCGUGGCUCAGACCAAUGGGGACUACGUGGCCCUGUUCUCCACCCAGAGGCCCUACAGGAUGAACAAGAGGCGGAGAUUCGAAGGACACAAGGUGGAGGGCUACGCGGUGCGCUGCAGCUUCUCUCCAGACGGGGGCGUCCUGGCGUCGGGCAGCUCCAGCGGCUGCGCUCACUUCUACGACUUCCACACCGCCGGGGCGCUGCGCACCCUGCAGGCCCACAGCCGGCCCUGCCUCAGCGUCUCCCAGCAUGCACUGCUGCCCGCUGCCGUGGCCACCGGGGACUGGGCCGGAGAGAUCAAGGUGUGGAACUGACCACUGCCUGUGUGGGAGUGUCCACAGGCGGUGGACCUGGCCCGGCUGUGUGAGAGCUGUGCUGGCGGAGCAGUGGAGAGCUGGCCGGGAGCCUCUGAGCUCAGCUGGUUCUUCUGAUCUGCAUCGGCGUCUCUUUCCUCGUCCCUCCGGUGCUCGCUGUCGGCUCUGAGCGGCGUCCGCCGGGUUCCCGGGCUCUCAGCGGAGAGCAGGACAGCAGAGCUGCUGCUGCUGCAGAUUCAGACAGACAGGCUCCCAGAAAUCUCUCGCAUUCCCAACAUCUUUAUUAAGUAAAUAAACAUACAGCAAAACUCUGGAACCAUGCAUCAGGCAGCUGCUCCGGUCCAGGACCACCCGGGUGGAGGCAGGCCUGGACCGGACCACGUCACACCAGGCCUUCAAGGGUCAAACUGGACCAAAACCAACCAGCGUGGAGCAGUCAGCACUCCCAACACACCAGACCCUGCCUGGAGCAGAGGAUCCAGGGAUCCCUCAGCAUUCAGAGGAUCCAGGGAUCCCUCAGCAUUCAGAGGAUCCAGGGAUCCCUCAGCAUUCAGAGGAUCCAGGGAUCCCUCAGCAUUCAGAGGCUCGUCAGCUGAUCGCUGUAGAAGAGGCGGAGCUUCAGCAUCAGCUCCGGUCCAGUCCCCUCACAGCGGUCCUCAUGCAGCACCUGGUCCUGCUGCCGUUCCAGGCCCUUCACCCUGUUCACACCUGUCAGUGGAGCGGUACGGCCUGGGAGCCAGUUCUCAGGUCUGGACCAGGUCUCAGGUCCAGGCUGGCUGUCAGGUCUGGACCAGGUCUCAGGUCCAGGCUGGCUGUCAGGUCUGGACCAGGUCUCAGGUCCAGGCUGGCUGUCAGGUCUGGACCAGGUCUCAGGUCCAGGCUGGCUGUCAGGUCUGGACCAGGUCUCAGGUCCAGGCUGGCUGUCAGGUCUGGACCAGGUCUCAGGUCCGGGCCGGUAAAGAGGUAGGAGGUAAAGCUGGUCUCAGAGCUUCAGCCUCAGUGGAAGAGAAGCUCAGAUCUUUGAGAGGGACGUCUUGUUCCCUCAGGGACGUUCCACCCGGCAGGUCUCGGUGUUCUCUCCAGACUGCAGCAGCUCCGGUGACCUGAUGGUUCUCAACAUGUGGUUCAGGCUCUCGUGGCCAGUGGACAUCCCAUAAAGAAGGUGUGCUCUGUCUGGACUCUCCCAGGUUCGUGGGUUUGAGUUUUGGAAUCAUGGAGCACUGCCACUGAAGUGAAGACAGCUGGGCCGUCUGUUCAGUUUACAGCUGCACACUGUGGAACAACUUCACAAAACGCUGUGAAAAGAAUCGAGACUUUGGUAAAAUAAAGAAAAAAUCUCUGUGAGGAAAAAAAAAAA